AUGGCAGACCGCGCUCGGUCUUGCCAGUCCAUUGGGCAACAUCUUCGGAAUUUAUAUCAACGCCUUCUUGACCGAGAGAUGGGGCCACAAAAAGACCUGUUUAGGUACAUUGGGCUUCCUGACCGGGGUUCUUUUCAUCCCUUUUUCGCGAAGAAUAUUCAAGUUCUCUUCGUUGGAGGACUUCUCUGUGGUCUCGCAUGGGGCGUAUUUACUACCUUGGCUCCUGCAUACGCCUCUGAAGUGGCACCUGUUGUGCUCCGUUCCUAUCUUGAAACAUACGUCGUGCUCUGCUGGGGCAUUGGUCAAUUCGUCGCUACCGUGCAGUGGGUUUGGCCCGUGAUCAUUGUUCCUGCCCUCAUCGUUGCGCCUGGGUCCCCAUGGUGGUUGGUCUGCAAGGGUCGCAUCAUCGAGGCUGAGAAGUCCAUCAAGCGUCUCUCCUCUCAGGGUCCGGAUCACGCUAAAAUGUCCAUUUCCCUAAUUAUUGAGACUACCAAGCUGGAGAUGGCAAUGACUGAGGGUGCUCCAUUCAUCGAUUGCGUUCGGGGCACCAACGCCUGGUGCACAGAGAUUGGCUGCAUUGUGUGGACUUCCCAGGUACUCAGCAGCUUUGCUAUUACCUCUUAUGCUACCUAUUUCUAUGAACAGGCUGGAUUGGCUACUUCUGAUGCGUACAAAAUGAGUGUCGGCCAGAGUGGUCUGCACUUCCUCUGUACGCUGCUGUCAGUCUUGAUUACGGGCAACUUUGGUAGUCGGCCGGUCCUCUUUUGUGGAUAUAUUGGCAUGGGCACAUCCACGUUGAUUUUGGGUAUUAUGGCCUGCGUUCACCAGACUUCAGUCCUAGGUUACGGAGAAUCUGCGAUGUACCUCCUUUGGUAUGUCUUCUACGAGCUCACCCUCGGCCCGCUCGCAUUCAUCAUUGUCGGAGAGAUUUCCUCUACCCGGCUGCGCUCGAAGAGUAUCUCUCUCGCGCGUAACGCUUACAACGUUGCCAACGUGUUCAGCUCCUCUGUCGUCCCUUAUACCCUCAAUCCAACUGAAGGUAAAUGGAAAGGCAAGACAACGUUUUUGGCCGCUGGUUUCACUGUCAUCCUUACUAUUUGGGCCUACUUCCGCCUUCCCGAGUCUCAAGGACGGACCUAUGAGGAACUGGACAUCCUAUUCUCCAAGAACUUGAAGGCUUGGGAGUUCAUGAAUGCGCAAAUUGACGAUGAUGCUGCAGAGCAUAUUACAAAGAAGGAUUAA